AUUCUUAAAUGAGUGAGGAUGUGACAUGGAUGGUAUCUGAUGAGAGACUGGUGUAUUGUGUUUCUUGAAGGAUAAGGAACAGAGAGAAGAGUCCAGAAUACAGAAAGAAUAAAGCAACCACACACAGUGACGGUGCGUUUUGAUUGGUUGGGCAAUAGAACUUAAAGGUCAGAGUAGGAUUUUUCUUUCUCAAAUGGAAAAUUGUGUAGAUAUGAUAGUGCCUGAUGAAGAUACUGCUGAAAUGACUAAUCAGAAAAAGAUUGACGAGAAGGGGGUUGAUGACACCCUUGGUGACUCGGAAAUAGUAAGCCUAUCCUCCCGGGCGUCUGAUGGUGAUGAUGAGGAUCACUUCUUCAUCGACCACGAUCAGGUCAACAAAAACGAUGACCACGGAAGCAAUAGCGCGGUGGUUAUCGAACUUGAACCGUUACAUCAACCAUUAAAUGGAAGGCGCUGUCGAGCCGAGACUCAUGAAGAUGUCGACAAUGAUACCGACAACGAACACAACCGAGUCAAAAAUGGUAGCGUAGAUCAUUCUAAAGAUCAGCCGAAGAAAAAUGGAACCAGAAUCUUCUUAGCUGUAAAAGCUACUUAUUUCCUCUUUGGUGGUGGUCAGGUGAGCUUGAUGCCCUUCCUUCCGGUCUAUAUGUCAUAUCUAGGCCUUUCUGUGAUACAGAUUGGUACAGUCACCACUCUUGGACCUUUCUUUGGCGUUGUGGCGUCCUUGCUAUGCGGGACAAUAUCGGAUAAGUUCAGUAAGCACAAAGCAAUGCUUCUCAUGUGCCUCUAUGGAACAGCUAUAGCUUACGGGAAUUCUGUUUUCAUGCCCUUUCUUUCACCCCAAAUCAGUAGUGGCAUAAAUUCACAUCAUACCGAACUAAACGCGACCAACUCGACAACUAACACAGGACAGUUAUUUGGUGUCUUCUAUCGCCAGUAUCUUAAUAUGACAACAGGGAUUCCUACUUGUAAAUUCCAGAACACAACAUACUCGGAAUUCAAGGAGUUUGUGGCUGAAAAUGCUUGCAAGUCCUCAAAUAUCAAGAUUCUAAAUACAUCAACUGCUGCAGCGUUUCUGGAGGAUAUCCUUGAAUGUUCAUUCACUGGCCUUGCAACAGAUACAGAUUCUGAUCGCGAGAAUAGGGGAGAUGAGAACAUUGAUGGUGCUGCUCCAGACGAUAUAUGUAUGUUUCAUGAUGACUUAGCAAAGGCAUGUGAAUACCAAUAUCAUAUACAUGUAAUAGAGUGCAAUAAAUAUAUAUUAGUAAACUGCAACAAUUCAUUCGGCAAGGCACUACUGGUGAUAAUAAACGGGACGACUCAAUUGCUAGAUCAAGGCAACUAUGAAAUAAUCUCCCAGAAGGGAAAUUAUGACAUUUUUGUGAUUAUGUUUCUGAUAUGCGUCAUUGGUAAAAUGUUUCAAGGCUCAGCUGAAACUCUUAUUGAUACAUUCACGAUUACACUCAUCGACGAAUAUAAAGAAACAGGACAAAAUUUUCAGUACGGGCGCCAACGAAUGUUUGCAAGUAUAGCAUAUGGCGCUCUUGCACCUCUCUCAGGUAUCGCUGUCUCCGCAUAUACUGCUGCCCAUCCAAACGCAUUCAACUUGUAUCUUCCUGCAUUUGUUCUCUUUGUAACCCUAUUUGCACUCUGUGCAGCAUCUGUUUAUCUUAUCCCAAUCCGCGUUAAGCAACGAACCACGAAAUCUUUGGCCAGGGACGCGAAAGAUGUCCUUUUGAAACCAAAGGUGAUCGUUUUCUUUACCGUCAUGCUCUCAAUGGGAAUCAUGUUUGCGUUCUUCGAGACAUAUUUAUUUUUGUUUCUAGCAGAAAUAGAUGGAAAGGCAACUGUUAUGGGUUUGUGCUUGACAGUUUCUUGCGCAUCAGAGGUGGUCUUAAUGACGUAUGCAUCAAAGAUCAGAGAAAAAAUUGGUCACCGAACUGUCCUUGGAAUUGCUCUCAUCGGCUUCACAUUAAGGUCUAUCGGCUACUCGCUCCUGCAGAAUCCUUGGACCGUCCUACCAAUUGAACUUCUUCAUGGGAUCACCCAUGGGUCAAUGUGGCCGACUGCAGUCUUCUUCAUCCACCAAACCUCCCCUCCCGAACUGGCGGCCACCAUGCAGUCACUCACGUUCAGCACCUUCUUCGGUUUAGGAAAGGGAGUCGGAAUCAUUCUUGGCGGAGUCAUCUACGACAACUUUGGAGCCAGGAAUCUGUUUAGGGGAUCUGCCAUUUUGUCUUUCGUGACCCUCGUCUUGUAUUAUGUCAUCGACAUCAUCCUUGACAAACGAGAAAGAUUCCAUGAUAAGCUGUGAACAUUAACCUGACUUUUUAAAGAGGCAAAGAGUUAGGAGUCAAGAGGCAAUUUGUUUGUUGUAUUGGCAAGGAAUGUGAAAUAGAAUGGUUUGGUGUAUUGUUUUAAGGACUAUAUUAUGUUAGGUCUUAGCAAUACAUGCCACAUCCUAUACUACGCCGCAAGAUCAGGGUUUACCUAUCAUGCCUGUAGAAGGCUACAUCUCUCGAAGAAGAAAGGUCGUCGACGAAUUGCUGUCCGCACGUCUGAUCCGACCAAGGAUAAUGGAGUUUGUAGAAACCCGGAAUGACGAACUGAAGAAAUCCGGAUGCAAGAAGGGACAAGCUGUUCUCAGUAGAUUAGUUUAAGAAACAUAUAUAUAUAUAACGAAAAAAUUGACUGGUUUAUUGAAAUCUGAUCCAGUGAAAUACCUUGGUAUUUUUGUAGGUGCAGAUAAACGUAAGAAAGAAAGAAUGAAUUGGGACACAAAAUUAGUUAAAAUUUAAUCUAUAAUGAACAUCUGGAAAAUGAGAAACUUAACUAUAUAUGGCAAAAUAGUUAAAUCUUUGAUAAUAUCACAAAUUGUUUACCCUGCAACUGUAAUAUACGUGCCAAAUAACCUGGUAGGUGAAUUAGAGAACAUGAUGUAUACGUUUAAUUUGGGCUCGAAGAAAAAAAAACCCGAAAUGUUUUGUAUCAAUUCAUUUCAUAAAGGAGGAUUAGAUAUGAAAGACUUAAAUUCAAAAUUAUCUUCAUUAAAACUUUCAUGGAUUUCAAAAUAUUUAAAAUACAAUGAUCAAUCAUAGACAUACUUGUUUAAAUUUUGGACAGCAAAGAUAGGACCGAUGCCCUGGUGUCUCCGUUUCAAUUGUUCGAAAAAAAGACAUGUUAAUUGUAUGUACGAAAAAGCAAGUCCCAUCUUUUUAUACAGAUCUAUUAUGCUCUUGGUAUGACAAACGAUUUACUGAAUAUCACAACAUUGAUAGUAUAAAAGACGAAAUUUCAUGGUAUAACAGUCUAUGUAAUUUGAAAGAAACCUUUUAUAUUUCAACAGAUGGUCCGACCACAAUAUCUUUUCUGUUCACCAAUUAUUACGUAAUCAUGCCUGGAAACCUACUGAAGAAAUUUUAGAAACUAGUAGCAUGUAUAUCACUCUUAGUCGAGUUUGAAUGUAUAUAUUCUUGUUUGUGAUUUGAUGAUAAUUGUUUUUUAUUAAAUUGAAUAUGGAAAUAAAUGGAAUGAAAUGAAUAUUCAAAGCUAAAAAGAGUUAUCCCAGCUGAAUGGACAGACAAAUGUGACACCUUAUCUUUUAAGCUUCCAGAAGAUCUUUUUUUUAAUUAGUGGAGGAGAUAUUGUAAAUCAAAGAACAUGAAAUCAAAGAUUUUCAUGUUUUAUUUGUAACCCAAAAAAAAUCUGAUCCACAAAUUAUACAAUACUGGCAUUCUAAAUUAGGAUAACCACUAAACUUUGAAUGGCAAAGUGUUUUUAAUUUCAAACUUCAAAGUAUUUAAAGUAUGAAAAGAUCCGACAAUAUAACUUGAAAAUGCUUCACAAUUUAUUACCCUUUAAAUCCAAUUUACGUCGUUGGAAAUUAGCCAAUGACACAUCUUGUAUGUUCUGUGAAGCAGAAGAAACUUUUGUUCAUAUUAUGUUAAAAUGUAAUCCUGUCGCCAAUUUUUGGAUAAAGAUAAAGAAUUUUUUGCAAUUUAUGUUUAAAAUGACAAUUUUUAUUAACGAAACGACGUUCAUUGGAUACAAAAUUAACGAUCGCAAGUUAACGUUGGUUUAUUUGCUUAUGAUAUUUGCACAGUAUGCAAUAUACGAAUCCUAUAUAAUGUAUAAGAUGCAAGGAAGAACUUUUGAUAUAUAUUCAAAUGUGUACGAGUUCAAAAAUGAGAUACUUUUUAAAUGUAAAAUGGCGAUUUAGAUUCUACGUUCAUCAAAUUCAAAUGUUCAAAGAGCUUAAACCCGAUAGAGAAAUUUCAUCUUUAUUACAUUUAAGAUUAAAUACUUAUAGCUGAUGUUUACUGCAAAUUUA